AUUGUGCUCGCUUCACGCCGGCCCAAGAUGGCGGAGGCGCUGGAGGCUCCGGGCCUGUGACUACAAAGAGGGAGUCGGGGGCCGGGCCGGACCGGAGCGCGGCGGCGGCGGCGGCGGCCGAGGCCGAGGCCAGGCCCCCUCCCCUCAGCCUCCCGCCCCUCCCUCCCGCCCGCCCUCCUCCGCCCACCGGCGGCCCCGCCCCUCCCCCAACCGCCCGCCUAGCAUGGUGCGGCGGCCGCGCGCGCGGACAUGGGGGAGAAGCUGGAGCUGAGACUGAAGUCGCCCGUGGGGGCUGAGCCCGCCGUCUACCCGUGGCCGCUGCCGGUCUACGAUAAACAUCACGAUGCUGCUCAUGAAAUCAUCGAGACCAUCCGAUGGGUCUGUGAAGAAAUCCCGGAUCUCAAGCUCGCUAUGGAGAAUUACGUUUUAAUUGACUAUGACACCAAAAGCUUCGAGAGCAUGCAGAGGCUCUGCGACAAGUACAACCGUGCCAUUGACAGCAUCCACCAGCUGUGGAAGGGCACCACGCAGCCCAUGAAGCUGAACACGCGGCCGUCCACUGGACUCCUGCGCCAUAUCCUGCAGCAGGUCUACAACCACUCGGUGACCGACCCCGAGAAGCUCAACAACUACGAGCCCUUCUCCCCCGAGGUGUACGGGGAGACCUCCUUCGACCUGGUGGCCCAGAUGAUUGACGAGAUCAAGAUGACCGACGACGACCUGUUUGUGGACUUGGGGAGCGGUGUGGGUCAGGUCGUGCUCCAGGUUGCUGCUGCCACCAACUGCAAACAUCACUAUGGCGUCGAGAAAGCAGACAUCCCGGCCAAGUAUGCGGAGACCAUGGACCGCGAGUUCAGGAAGUGGAUGAAAUGGUAUGGAAAAAAGCAUGCAGAAUACACAUUGGAGAGAGGCGAUUUCCUCUCAGAAGAGUGGAGGGAGCGAAUCGCCAACACGAGUGUUAUAUUUGUGAAUAAUUUUGCCUUUGGUCCUGAGGUGGAUCACCAGCUGAAGGAGCGGUUUGCAAACAUGAAGGAAGGUGGCAGAAUCGUGUCCUCGAAACCCUUUGCACCUCUGAACUUCAGAAUAAACAGUAGAAACUUGAGUGACAUCGGCACCAUCAUGCGCGUGGUGGAGCUCUCGCCCCUGAAGGGCUCGGUGUCGUGGACGGGGAAGCCAGUCUCCUACUACCUGCACACUAUCGACCGCACCAUACUUGAAAACUAUUUUUCUAGUCUGAAAAACCCAAAACUCAGGGAGGAACAGGAGGCAGCCCGGCGCCGCCAGCAGCGCGAGAGCAAGAGUAACGCGGCCACGCCCACUAAGGGCCCAGAGGGCAAGGUGGCCGGCCCCACCGACGCCCCCAUGGACUCUGGUGCUGAGGAAGAGAAGGCGGGAGCAGCCACCGUGAAGAAGCCGUCUCCCUCCAAAGCCCGCAAGAAGAAGCUAAACAAGAAGGGGAGGAAGAUGGCUGGCCGCAAGCGCGGGCGCCCCAAGAAGAUGAACACUGCGAACCCCGAGCGGAAGCCCAAGAAGAACCAAACUGCACUGGAUGCCCUGCACGCUCAGACCGUGUCUCAGACGGCGGCCUCCUCACCCCAGGAUGCCUACAGAUCCCCUCACAGCCCGUUCUACCAGCUACCUCCGAGCGUGCAGCGGCACUCCCCCAACCCGCUGCUGGUGGCGCCCACCCCGCCCGCGCUGCAGAAGCUGCUAGAGUCCUUCAAGAUCCAGUACCUGCAGUUCCUGGCAUACACAAAGACCCCCCAGUACAAGGCCAGCCUGCAGGAGCUGCUGGGCCAGGAGAAGGAGAAGAACGCCCAGCUCCUGGGUGCGGCUCAGCAGCUCCUCAGCCACUGCCAGGCCCAGAAGGAGGAGAUCAGGAGGCUGUUCCAGCAAAAAUUGGAUGAGCUGGGUGUGAAGGCGCUGACCUACAAUGACCUGAUUCAAGCGCAGAAGGAGAUCUCCGCCCAUAACCAGCAGCUGCGGGAGCAGUCGGAGCAGCUGGAGCAGGACAACCGCGCGCUCCGCGGCCAGAGCUUGCAGCUGCUCAAGGCUCGCUGCGAGGAGCUGCAGCUGGACUGGGCCACGCUGUCGCUGGAGAAGCUGUUGAAGGAGAAGCAGGCCCUGAAGAGCCAGAUCUCGGAGAAGCAGAGGCACUGCCUGGAGCUGCAGAUCAGCAUUGUGGAGCUAGAGAAGAGCCAGCGGCAGCAGGAGCUCCUGCAGCUCAAGUCCUGUGUGCCGCCUGACGAUGCCCUGUCCCUGCACCUGCGUGGGAAGGGCGCCCUGGGCCGCGAGCUGGAGCCUGACGCCAGCCGGCUGCACCUGGAGCUGGACUGCACCAAGUUCUCGCUGCCUCACUUGAGCAGCAUGAGCCCGGAGCUCUCCAUGAACGGCCAGGCUGCUGGCUAUGAGCUCUGCGGUGCGCUGAGCCGGCCUCCGUCGAAGCAGAACACGCCCCAGUACCUGGCCUCACCCCUGGACCAGGAGGUGGUGCCCUGUACCCCUAGCCACGUUGGCCGGCCGCGCCUGGAGAAGCUGUCUGGCCUAGCCGCACCCGACUACACUAGGCUGUCCCCGGCCAAGAUUGUGCUGAGGCGGCACCUGAGCCAGGACCACACGGUGCCCGGCAGGCCGGCCGCCAGUGAGCUGCAUUCGAGAGCUGAGCACACCAAGGAGAACGGCCUUCCCUACCAGAGCCCCAGCGUGCCUGGCAGCAUGAAGCUGAGCCCUCAGGACCCGCGGCCCCUGUCCCCUGGGGCCUUGCAGCUUGCUGGAGAGAAGAGCAGUGAGAAGGGCCUGAGAGAGCGCGCCUAUGGCAGCAGCGGGGAGCUCAUCACCAGCCUGCCCAUCAGCAUCCCGCUCAGCACCGUGCAGCCCAACAAGCUCCCGGUCAGCAUUCCCCUGGCCAGCGUGGUGCUGCCCAGCCGCGCCGAGAGGGCGAGGAGCACCCCCAGUCCCGUGCUGCAGCCCCGUGACCCCUCGUCCACACUUGAAAAGCAGAUUGGUGCUAAUGCCCACGGUGCUGGGAGCAGAAGCCUUGCCCUGGCCCCCGCAGGCUUCUCCUACGCUGGCUCGGUGGCCAUCAGCGGGGCCUUGGCGGGCAGCCCGGCCUCUCUCACACCUGGAGCCGAGCCGGCCACCUUGGAUGAGUCCUCCAGCUCUGGGAGCCUUUUUGCCACCGUGGGGUCCCGCAGCUCCACGCCACAGCACCCCCUGCUGCUGGCACAGCCCCGGAACUCGCUUCCUGCCUCUCCCGCCCACCAGCUCUCCUCCAGUCCCCGGCUUGGUGGGGCCACCCAGGGCCCGCUGCCCGAGGCCACCAAGGGGGACCUGCCCUCCGAUUCCGGCUUCUCAGAUCCUGAGAGUGAAGCCAAGAGGAGGAUUGUGUUCACCAUCACCACUGGUGCGGGCAGUGCCAAGCAGUCGCCCUCCAGCAAGCACAGCCCCCUGACCACCAGCGCCCGUGGGGACUGUGUGCCGAGCCACGGGCAGGACAGCCGCAAGCGCGGCCGGCGGAAGCGAGCAUCUGCGGGGACGCCCAGCUUGAGCGCAGGCGUGUCCCCCAAGCGCCGAGCCCUGCCGUCCGUCGCUGGCCUUUUCACACAGCCUUCGGGGUCUCCCCUCAACCUCAACUCCAUGGUCAGUAACAUCAACCAGCCCCUGGAGAUUACAGCCAUCUCGUCCCCGGAGACCUCCCUGAAGAGCUCCCCUGUGCCCUACCAGGACCACGACCAGCCCCCCGUGCUCAAGAAGGAGCGGCCUCUGAGCCAGACCAAUGGGGCACACUACUCCCCACUCACCUCAGACGAGGAGCCAGGCUCUGAGGACGAGCCCAGCAGUGCUCGAAUUGAGAGAAAAAUUGCAACAAUCUCCUUAGAAAGCAAAUCUCCCCCGAAAACCUUGGAAAACGGUGGUGGCUUGGCGGGAAGGAAGCCCGCGCCCGCCGGCGAGCCAGUCAAUAGCAGCAAGUGGAAGUCCACCUUCUCGCCCAUCUCCGACAUCGGCCUGGCCAAGUCGGCGGACAGCCCGCUGCAGGCCAGCUCCGCCCUCAGCCAGAACUCCCUGUUCACGUUCCGGCCCGCCCUGGAGGAGCCCUCUGCCGAUGCCAAGCUGGCCGCUCACCCCAGGAAAGGCUUUCCCGGCUCCCUGUCGGGGGCUGAUGGACUCAGCCCGGGCACCAACCCUGCCAACGGCUGCACCUUCGGCGGGGGCCUGGCCGCGGACCUGAGUUUACACAGCUUCAGUGAUGGUGCUUCUCUUCCCCACAAGGGCCCCGAGGCGGCCGGCCUGAGCUCCCCGCUGAGCUUCCCCUCGCAGCGCGGCAAGGAGGGCUCGGACGCCAACCCUUUCCUGAGCAAGAGGCAGCUGGACGGCCUGGCUGGGCUGAAGGGCGAGGGCAGCCGCGGCAAGGAGGCAGGGGAGGGCGGCCUACCGCUGUGCGGGCCCACGGACAAGACCCCACUGCUGAGCGGCAAGGCCGCCAAGGCCCGGGACCGCGAGCUCGACCUCAAGAAUGGCCACAACCUCUUCAUCUCUGCGGCGGCCGUGCCUCCCGGAAGCCUCCUCAGCGGCCCCGGCCUGGCCCCGGCGGCGUCGUCCGCAGGCGGCGCGGCGUCCUCCGCCCAGACGCACCGGUCCUUCCUGGGCCCCUUCCCGCCGGGGCCGCAGUUCGCGCUCGGCCCCAUGUCCCUGCAGGCCAACCUCGGCUCCGUGGCCGGCUCCUCCGUGCUGCAGUCGCUGUUCAGCUCUGUGCCGGCCGCCGCAGGCCUGGUGCACGUGUCGUCCGCUGCCACCAGACUGACCAACUCGCACGCCAUGGGCAGCUUUUCCGGGGUGGCAGGCGGCACAGUUGGAGGUGUCUUUAACCACGCGGUGCCUUCCGCCUCUGCUCAUCCGUUUGGAGCCCGUGUCGGCCGCGGGGCUGCAUGUGGCAGCGCCACACUGGGCCCGAGCCCGCUGCAGGCGGCGGCCAGCGCCUCGGCCUCUUCCUUUCAGGCCCCGGCCUCGGUUGAGACCCGGCCGCCCCCGCCGCCUCCGCCUCCGCCUCCCCCGCUGCCCCCGCCUGCGCACCUGGGCCGGUCCCCCGCGGGGCCGCCCGUCCUCCACGCCCCCCCUCCACCUAACGCCGCCUUGCCUCCUCCCCCAACGCUGCUGGCCUCUAACCCUGAGCCCGCGCUUCUGCAGAGCCUCGCGUCCCUCCCGCCUAACCAAGCUUUCUUGCCCCCCACCUCUGCUGCCUCUCUGCCGCCUGCUAACGCCUCUUUGUCUAUCAAGCUCACCUCCCUCCCGCACAAGGGCGCCCGCCCCUCCUUCACGGUGCACCACCAGCCCCUGCCCCGGCUGGCCCUGGCCCAGGCCGCGCCCGGGAUCCCACAGGCCAGCGCCACGGGGCCGUCCGCGGUGUGGGUGUCCCUCGGCAUGCCGCCUCCCUAUGCCGCGCACCUUUCGGGGGUUAAGCCGCGAUAAAGACCUUGCUUAGCUAGCAGUGCGUAUUGUGUAAGGUAACUAGGAUUUCUACCUCAACCGCGAGACCUAUGCAAGGACGGUGUGGACCAACUCGCGCCCGCGGCAUGGUGCCCGCCGGCCUGCCGGGCUCCCAUCCCUGGACGGCAGAGGCGAGGACGGACGGGAGCUCCACUGUGAAUCGGCGGCACGCGCCGCAGGAGGCUGGGACUGGUCCAGUUUAUACUGUCGAUAGUUUUAGAUAAAGUAUUUAUCAUUUUUUAAAAAGUAUAAACAAUUCUGACUUAUUUUAUUCCAUCUAAGUGGUAAAAGACAACUUAUUGAGAAAUAUAAAUAUCUAUAUAUGAGAGCUCUAUAUAAAGACACGUGUCUGCAGGGCGGGCCCGCCAGCGGAUUCGCCACAGCCUGCCCCGGUGCUAUCUCGUCCCCAGGCCCGCGCCUGCCUCCACCCGCUUGGUGCUGACUAGACGCUGACAACGCCGAACCCCGUUCUCGGAAACGCCGCCCGGCCGGCUCCCCCGACGCGCUGCUCCCGUACCAAAGGCAGGCCCGUCGCCACCACAUUCCUCGGAGGCCUCCCCGCGGCCUGAGCCCCUUCCUGAGCCCCUGGCGCCUGCCCUGAGCUCUUCACCUUUACCCCGGCACUGUGAACCCCCAGACUGUUCACCCUCCGGGGCGUGGGUUGCGCCCUUGCAUGUGAAGGGGCCUGCGUGGUGACGCAGCUGGCCGUGUGCUGCGCGAUGGUGCUGUGAGGACGGCGCAGGCACGUGGAACAAGUGCAUUUACUUUUGUAUUUCUCGGCUGUCCAUGGCUCGCAGCAUGCCCUGCGAUGCGGGGCAGGCCUGUCGUGGGUCCCUUGGUGUUUCUGUACAGGAGAGAGUCACACUAAUGAGUGGCAGUAUUUUAUAGAGAUGUGAUGAGAAUUUAUAAAUUUCAUAGAUUUGACAGCUUUUAUUUUUAGAUGGUAUAAUGCACAGUGAAGAGGAAAGAAAAGCGAGGGGAAAAAACCUUAUUUAUUCAAACAGUGCACAAAAUGGCCCCAGCGUCAGCCCCCACCCUAGACCCCUCAGUUGCAGCUCCCAGCAGCCCAGACGGAGCUGCCGGGGCCCCUGCCUGCCCCACAUCCCUUCCUGUCAGGGCCACGCCUGGCACCCAUCCCUUGGAGCCUGUGCUGGUUCUCCCAGCUGCUGUGGGUGUGCUGGGGCCAGGGUGCACUGCUGAAGCCUGGCCUCUCUGGCCCUAGGCCCCAGGGUGACGUUAGCCCCCCACUCUGCAGCCUUGGCGGGUGCCUGGGACUGGGUGUGGAAGGAGAGGAGCUGAGGCCGGGGUGUAGCAGGCAGGCAGGGCCACUCCAGUGCUUCUGGAGCCCUGAGCAGUCAGGGCCUGGGUUGUCUGAGCAGUGGUGGCUCUGUGCCCUCCCUGGAGGAUGGGAUCUGGGAGUCUGAGCUCCCCACAUCUGGCCCUGGGCUGUGUGGCACUUGCUGAGCCCACCUUCUCAAGUGCUUGCUCCUGUGAGAUGGCAUCGGGGAGCCCCUUCCCCAAGGUGCCACAGAUCCACCCUCCAGGGAGCUGCCAGCCCUGUGUUCUGGUUCCCAAGGGCAGGAUGGACACACGUCACAUCCCUACCAUGUGGCCUCCAAAGGGAGCCACGGAGGAAAGGCUUCUGUGGUUGCUAGGUGGGGGAGUCCUGUGUGGGAGGGCCUGGAAGACCCCUGCUUGUGCCUGGUGAGGGGGGUGCUGCCUCCCCCAGCCCCCAACAACCUCUCAGACCCCCACCCUCCAACAUAGCUGAGUUCUGAAGAUGGUGCUCCGGACCUGUCCUCUUAAGUGGUGCCCAGUGCCCUCCCCACCCCGCAUUGGUGCUCUCAGCUAGAAGGUGCUGUGCCUCUGCCUGAGCCCCAAGCCCCGAGCCUGGCCUUCAGGACAGGCAGCCUGCUCUGUGUCGCCACGGGCCGGAUAUGCCACAGGGUUGAUGGCAGAGACGGCAGAGUCCCUGGUCUAGAACAAGACACAUUCUUUAAACACUGUAUUACUUCUGCCUCCCUCUAGGGGACAGUGGCAGUCCGGGUGCCAUCACGGGUCCUGCAGAUGGCCAUGCAGGGCUCCUGCCCACGCAGGCCACCGUAUGUUCAGGGCACGCACUGGGUCUCAGAGCCACUGGCCCAGGCAGAAGUCUCCUUGAGCCCACUGGGUCAUAUGCGUGUCACCACAUGUGAACUAGUGUGGUGGCUGCCUGCGGACACCCUCCUGUUCUGAGCCCUGGGCCUGUGUUCUCAGACACUCCCAGACUGAGGGGUGGUGUGUGGCGGGUGGCAGGGUGGCUGUGGAGACUGGUGAUCUGGAGCCUGGUGCUGGCACCUGGCCUGAGUUUCCGUGGGCAGCUGGCGGGGACCUGUGCUGCUGCUGCUGACUGUGGGUGGGCGGGCGGCGCCUGGGAGUGGCUCUUGCUCAGGAAUUGAUAGGAACCCUAACGACUAGGACACCCCCUCCUCGGCCCAUGAGGCACGCACAGUGACUUAUUUAAGACUUCCCCCUUAAUUUAUCUGCCCCCAGGAUGCGUCAGUCUGUUCAGUGGUCAGCAGGCCCCCCACCCCCCGCCGACUGCCCUCGCCAUUGCGGUCAGACCCCCUCCCAACACAACACGCUGCUGGUCUGUGUCAGCCUUUGUAACGUGGGAGGCUCUGCCGUGUCUUCCGGGUGAACUGUAUUUGGAUUGCGCGCAUUGUCACGGUCCGCCCCUGGGCUGCGGGCGCCCCUUCCUCUGGGCACCCCUGCAUUCUGCAUCCCCACUUCUAGACGCUGUAAUAAACAGACGGUUUUCACUCGGA